GAGCCGAGCGUGCGCCCGGGGUUUGCCCGAGGUGCGCCCAGCUCGGAGCCCGGAGCCCGGAGCCCGGAGGCGAAGGCUGCUUUCGGCUCACCGGAGAGUCGCUCCUCGGCGCCGGGAAACUUUCCUUCGAGUUCCGGGAGAGAAAAGCGUCUGCUCCGAGCGCUGUGCUGGCCUUGCCGCGCGGUCUGCAGCGAUUCCGGAGCCCGCACGGACUGCUCUCCGCAGCGGGCAGCCGGCGGAGGCGAGGAAGCUGCUCUGGGACCCAUUGCUACCUCCCCAGACCACACCAGAGAGCUGAGCACAAGAUGAACCAGCACUCACUUGGCUCAAGAUGCACCAGGCUAUUCCACUGAGCUCUGAGAGCCCCAAGAUGUCUGCGUGCAGUGACUUUGUGGAGCACAUCUGGAAGCCUGGGUCCUGCAAAAACUGCUUCUGCCUGCGGAGCGACCACCAACUGGUGGCUGGCCAUCCCCCGCCCAGAGCAGGCAGCCAGCCCCCUCCACCUCGCCUGCCUCCCAGGCCCGAGAAUUGCCGCCUGGAAGAUGAAGGUGUGAACAACUCACCCUACUGCAAACCCACAAUCGCAGUAAAGCCCACCAUGAUGAGCUCCGAAGCCUCCGAUGUGUGGACAGAGGCCGGCAUUGGUGCUGAGGUCUCACAGGUCAUCUGGAGACGUGUCCCCAGCAAGCUCUCUCUCCCACUGGCCAAGCAAGAUGACACACCGAUGGUUUUCCUGGGUGGCGUCCGGGGCAGCCCUGUGGACGGCCAUGCCCGCAGCCCACCUGGCUAUGCCAUGGUUGGCCUGCCCAGCCCUGAGCCCCGUGCAGAGCGGAGCCUGGCCUUCCACCCGAUGGGUUUCACAAGCGAAAAGGCCAGGCAAGAAGAGAAAGCUUCAUUCCCCUACCAGGAGCUGCCCCCGACGCAGGAGAGCUUCCGCCAGAAGCUGGCCACAUUCUCCGGGAUGACCUCCGGCUGUCACAAGAGCCCAGGGCCCUGCCCCACUGCACAGCCCCAGCUAGAGCCUGAGUCCUUAGGGGACGGAGAGGAGCCGAGGUGCUCGCCCUCAGGGGACAGUGAAGGUGGGGAGUACUGCUCAAUCCUGGACUGCUGCCCCCCAGGCCCAGCUGCCAAGGACACCCCCCAGGCUGAGGGCACCCAGGACUGCUUGCCGGCCUGCUGGGAGCAGGGAGCUCGGGAGCCAGGCGUGUGUGUCCAGCCCAUCCGGCCCACCGAGGAUGAGCGGGGCCCGGCCUUCCCCAGGGAGUGCCGCAGCCAGAGCUCUGUAGCCAGCCCGGCCUGCCUGGACUCCAAGAAGCCACCGCUUCCCUCAGAGACUGCCGGCUCUUCUGAUAGUCUUUCUUGUGGCGGUGGCGGCAGCCGGUCCCACAGCCCCUGUGUCCCCCACCUUGAGAAUGAUUACUGCUCUCUCGUGAAGGAACCCGUCCGGGGGAAACCGCAGGACCCUGGCUGCCAGCCUGUGGCCUCCAGCAAAUGCCUCAGGCUGCCUGGAGAGCCACAGCCCACCACCACCCCCAGAGAGGCUGCCCCGCUGGAACCCAUCUAUGCUGAGAGCACCAAGAGGAAGAAGAGCAGUCCAGCGCCGUCCAAGCCGCAGGCCAAGGUAGAGCAGGCGGCAGCUGCCCAGGGCCAGGACCAGGCCCGCACGGGCAGCACCCGUGCUCAGAGAACCACAGCGGGCUGGGGCCGGGACAGGGAAUGCCCAGACCUGGCUCCCCAGGCGUCAGCCACCAUCACCGUCAUGGCAGCACACCCAGAAGAGGACCAUCGGACCAUCUACCUGAGCAGCCCGGACUCAGCCGUGGGGGUACAGUGGCCACGUGGGCCUGUGAGCCAAGACCCGGGGGUGGUGGGAGAGACGUCAGCCACGCAGGGGCUGAGCCCUGGGGAGAGCCGCCCGCACGAUGCAGACGAGAACACGCCCAAGGGGAAGCCGGCCAUUCCCCCCAAGCUGUCCAAGAGCAGCCCGGCAGGGUCCCCCGUGUUGCCCUCUGUCUCCCCGCUGGCUGACCUCAGCGAGGGGAGCUGUGGUGGCACCAGCCUUGGGCCCCAGCCUUCACCCAGAGCCCCUAACAACCCCACGGCCUCCUGCCAGACCAAUGGCGUCACUGCCACGGACCCCGUCAGGUGCCCCCUACCUGCCACCUUGGCGAUGGACCAGAGGUGGCCCAGAUACCAGACCGGCACCUGGAGUCGUCAGUGCCGGAUAGAGGAGGAGAGAGAGGUGGAACAGGAACUGCUGAGUCGAAGCUGGGGAAGAGAGACAGAAAACGGGACCACGGAGCCCUCUAACUCCUCCACCUGGCACCGUCUUCGCCCCGGAGACAGCUCCUCUGGGCAGAGCAGCAAAGCCGGCACCGGGAUGAGCAAAUCGGCCUCUUUUGCCUUCGAGUUCCCCAAAGACAGAGGUGGGACUGAGGCGUUCUCCCCUCCACCGCCGCCCCCAAAGUCCAGGCACCUUUUGAAAAUGAACAAGAGCAGCUCUGAUUUGGAGAAAGUGAGCCAGAGCUCUGCAGAUAGCCUCAGUCCGUCCUUCAGGGGUGUCCACGUCAGCUUUACCACCGGCUCCACAGACAGCCUGGCCUCAGACUCCAGGACCUGCAGCGAUGGAGGCCCAUCGUAUGAGCCGACUCAUUCGCCCACUGGAAGUGGGAAGAAGCUCUUUGCUCCCGUUCCGUUCCCUUCAGGCUCCACAGAGGAUGUGUCUCCCACUGGUCCCCUGAGGCCUCCUCCCCUCCCCCAGAAAAAGAUUGUGAGUCGGGCAGCCUCUUCACCGGACGGCUUCUUCUGGACCCAGGGCUCCCCCAAGCCGCGAGCGUCGAGCCCCAAGCUGAACCUAAGCCAUUCAGAAACCAGCGUCUGCGUCCACGAGGAGUCUCACUUGAGCCAUCCUUUGGGCUCCGGGAAACACCACCACUAUGUUUUCUCCUCUUCUGAGCCUCUGGAGAAAGCUUUCAAAGGCAGUGGCCACUGGGGCCCAGCUCCAGGCCUGAGGGGUGGCUGUGGGAGUCCCAGCCUCCAGGGCAGGGGCGCCCCCUCCACUUCAUCCUCACAGCUGAGUGUGUCCAGCCAGGCCUCCACCAGCAGCACCCACCUGCAGCUGCACAGCCUCCUGAGCAGCAUCAGCAGCAAGGAGGGUACCUAUGCCAAGCUCGGGGGGCUCUACACCCAAUCCCUGGCCCGCCUCGUAGCUAAGUGUGAGGACCUCUUCAUGGGCGGCCAGAAGAAGGAGCUCCACUUCAAUGAGAAUAACUGGUCACUCUUCAAACUGACCUGUAACAAGCCCUGCUGUGACUCGGGGGAUGCCAUUUAUUACUGCGCCACCUGCUCCGAGGACCCGGGCAGCACCUACGCUGUGAAAAGCUGGUGGGGCAGCCGGGCGCCUCGGAGGAGACCUUGUGCAGCAUGCUGCACAACUGGAUCGACAUGAAGCGCGCGCUGAUGAUGAUGAAGUUCGCAGAGAAGGCGGUGGACCGCAGGCGCGGCGUGGAGCUGGAGGACUGGCUGUGCUGCCAGUACCUGGCUUCUGCGAACCUGCGGCCCUCUUACAGUCGCUGAAGCUCCUGCAGCUUCUGUGAGCCAGGCCCAGCCCCGCACUUCACCACCCCGCCCCCGCGCUGCCCCAUGCCCUGGCCCUGCCUUGGAAACAGCCAUGUCUCCCUGGGAAAUGGUACAAACGACUAUCGUACUUGGAUAUAAUAUAUGUAUUAUAAAAUAUGA